GGACUCGCGCGCGUGCAUCCCGCACCAUUCCCCGGCCUGCGGCCCCGGCCCGCGUCCCCGCGAGCUGCCGCCGCCGCCGCCGCCGCCGUCGGAGCGCCGGGCCCAGCCGGGGCCGCGGGAGGCGGGGGCGCCCGGGCCCUGGAUGUCCCGCAGCGCGGCGGCCAGCGGCGGAACCAGGAGGCCCGAACACCGCUUGCCCCCAGCCCCGUGUGGGGCCCCGGGGCCCCCUGCACCCUCCAGGACGGAGCCAGACGGGGCGGGCACCAUGAACAAGUUACGGCAGAGCUUGCGGCGGCGGAAACCCGCGUAUGUCCCCGAGGCGUCACGGCCACACCAGUGGCAGGCAGACGAGGAUGCUGUGCGCAAGGGCACCUGCAGCUUCCCUGUCAGGUACCUUGGCCACGUGGAGGUGGAGGAGUCCCGGGGCAUGCAUGUGUGUGAAGAUGCUGUGAAGAAGCUGAAGGCGAUGGGCCGCAAGUCGGUGAAGUCAGUCCUGUGGGUGUCGGCCGAUGGGCUCCGAGUGGUGGAUGACAAGACCAAGGACCUGCUGGUCGACCAGACCAUCGAGAAAGUCUCCUUCUGUGCUCCGGACCGCAACCUGGACAAAGCUUUCUCCUACAUCUGCCGGGACGGGACCACGCGCCGCUGGAUGUGCCACUGUUUCCUGGCACUCAAGGACUCCGGCGAGAGGCUGAGCCACGCCGUGGGCUGCGCCUUCGCCGCCUGCCUGGAGCGGAAGCAGCGACGGGAGAAGGAGUGUGGGGUCACGGCGGCCUUCGACGCCAGCCGCACCAGCUUUGCCCGCGAGGGGUCCUUCCGAGGGCGGCCGGCCGAGCGAGAGGCCCCUGAAAAAAAGAAAGCAGAGGCAGCAGCUGCCCCCUCCGCGGCGCCCGGCCCCGCACAGCCUGGACACGUGUCUCCGACACCCGCCACCACAUCCCCCGGCGAAAAGGGGGAGGCGGGUACCCCGGUGGCAGCGGGCACCACAGCGGCCGCCAUCCCUCGGCGCCACGCCCCCCUGGAGCAGCUGGUUCGCCAGGGCUCCUUCCGGGGCUUCCCCGCCCUCAGCCAGAAGAAUUCGCCUUUCAAACGGCAGCUGAGCCUGCGGCUGAACGAGCUGCCGUCUACACUACAGCGUCGCACCGACUUCCAGGUGAAAGGCACAGUGCCGGAGAUGGAGCCCCCUGGGGCCAGUGACAGCGACGGCAUCAGCGCCCUCUGCACGCAGAUCAGCUCUUCCUUCGCCAGUCCUGGGGCCCCCACAUCAGGGCCCCCGCCCACCUCGACAGGGACAUCUGCCUGGGGCGAGCCCCCCGUGGCCCCCGCCGCGGCCUUCCAGCCCGGGCACAAGCGGACCCCUUCGGAGGCCGAGAGGUGGCUGGAAGAAGUGUCCCAGGUGGCCCGAGCGCAGCAGCAGCAGCAAGCCGCCGCCGUGCCCGCCGCCGUGCCCGCCGCCCUGCAGCCCUACCCCGCCCCCGUGGGGCCCUUCGACGCCGCGCCCGCCCAGGUGGCCGUGUUCCUGCCGCCCCCACACAUGCAGCCCCCGUUCGUGCCCGCCUACCCGGGCUUGAGCUACCCCCCACUGCCCCGGGUGCCCGUAGUGGGCAUCACGCCCUCCCAGAUGGUGGCCAACGCCUUCUGCUCGGCUGCCCAGCUCCAGCCGCAGCCCGCCGCCCUGCUGGGGAAAGCGCGGGCCUUCCCGGCCCCCGCCACGCCCAGUGCCCCGGGGGGCCAGGUCCGCCCCCGCCCCAGUGGGGCGCCCUGGCCCCCGGAGCCCACCCCGGCCCCGGCCCCGGAGUUGGACCCCUUCGAGGCCCAGUGGGCGGCCUUGGAAGGCAAACCUGCAGCCGAGAAACCGCCCAACCCCUUCUCCGGCGACCUGCAAAAGACCUUCGAGAUUGAGCUGUAGCAGCGUGUGCGGGUGCCUGACCUGGGGGCUGCAGGCACCCCCCGUCCCGCAGCCUGCGCCC